GGAAAAACAGUAAAAAUGUCUAAUAAACUAUGCCGUACUUUAUGCAGCAAUUGUACAUAUUCUUUCAAUGAUGGGAACAGAUGUUACGUCAUAUUAAGUAUACAAGAGGAGGUUACUGUAAUGCGACAAUUUCUCAACAAGAUGUUCUCUUUAAUACGAAUAUACAGGAUGAAAUAUUUUCUAUGCUGGUUUCUUGUCAUGGUUCAGGGAAAUGUAGCUUUUGAUGUCAAACGCAUCAAGCAGAAAAAGGAGUUAUUUGAACAAAUAGAUAAAAAAUUUAAUGCUAAUUCAUGCUCGCCCGAAAUCAUUUGCCCUAAUAUCCUGGAGCAUUUGAAAAUGAAGCCUGAAGAGAACUGUCGAUACUAUUACGAAUAUGAAUUAUGUGCUAUAAAAAUCCGUCCGUCUUGUACUGGUGCGUACACUGAAGAAUAUGUGAAACAUAAGUGUGCUGAGAAAUCAAUACACAAUAAAUCCCAUGCUUUGACGUAUUGUAUGUCUUCAUAUACCACACUACCACUUCUUAUUCUCCCGUUAUUGGUGUGAUGGAAUUCAAAAACAACUGAAAAGAAUAUAUUUGAUCUCAUAUUCUACUCAGUAAUCAGUUCUCGAAUUGUGUUUUGACUACAGUGAGCACGAAGAGAAAUACUAACAUAGAUAAAUAAAAGAAAUUUAUGUAUCUUUGAUAAA